GAGAAACCCUAGAUACCCAAAAUAAAGGGAAAACAACAUAUCUUCCGCUCAAGAACAACUGAUCUUUCUUUCAUCGUCGCUCUCAUUGAAUUAUACGUAGGACUUUGAAAAAAAAAAAAAAGAGUAAAUGGACUCCUACUCGUCAUCGUCGCCGCCGAUGGGUGCUUCUCCAUCUCCGGAGGCACUGAUGGAACAAAUUCAGGCGCAGCUCGCUGAAGCUUACGCCAAGGAGCUCAUCGAGACCAUGAGAGAAAAAUGCUUUGAUAAAUGCAUAACGAAGCCAGGAUCAAGCCUUAGCAGUGGUGAGAGCAGCUGCAUCUCUAGAUGUGUUGAUCGUUACCUGGAAGCUACUGGUAUCAUCAGCCGUUCUCUUUUCAGUCAACAACGUCGUUGAACCAUUACAAAACACUAUUGCUCUUGUCGUUUUUUUUUUGGAGUCUUUGUCAUUAAGAAAAAUCAUCAUCAGAAAUGUUUUUGGAGAAUGAUAUUAUAUUACAACAGUGUUGUUGUUAUUGCUGAUGACAUACAUUGCCUGAAAAGUUUGUUUGGGAAUCAAAUAUGAUUUUAUUCUAUA